GAGUUCUUUGGGUGUUCAGAGACUGGCAAAUACUAAGCCCACUCCUGUAGCACAGAAGUAAAAAUACAUAUAAUUCCACCUGAUGUUUAUUUGCAUGACCCGUAAUACUGGGCUACCAGAGUCUUUAGCAUCCAACAUAGAGCAGGGACAGGGAGAGAGAACUGGAGAUACCUAAAUGAUAAGAUUUUAUCUGUUUCACACUGCGUAAAUAAAAACCUACCUAAAAUUUCUUCUUCUUUUCCCCCAUAGAAUUCCCAGAAGAAAAUGGCAGCAGGAAAUCACUCCACCACAACUGAGUUCAUCCUCGCUGGGCUAACAGACAAACCAGAGCUCCAGCUGCCCCUCUUUCUUUACUUCCUAGGAACCUAUGUGGGCACAGUGGUGGGGAACCUGGGCAUGAUCACACUGAUUGGGCUCAGCUCUUACCUGCACACCCCCAUGUAUUAUUUCCUCAGCAGUUUGUCCUUCAUUGAUCUCUGCCAGUCCACAAUCAUUACCCCCAAAAUGCUGUUGAACUUCAUGACAGAGAAGAACACCAUCUCCUACCCUGAAUGCAUGACUCAGCUCUAUUUCUUUCUUGUUUUUGGUAUUGCAGAGUGUCACAUGCUGGGUGUGAUGGCUUAUGAUCGCUAUAUUGCCAUCUGUAACCCAUUGCUUUACAAUGUCAGCAUGUCGUAUCAGGUGUGCUCCUGGUUGGUAGUUGAGGUAUAUAUGAUGGGCUUGAUUGGUGCUACAGUUCACACCGGUUGCAUGCUAAGAGUGGUUUUCUGCAAGGCCAAAAUAAUCAAUCAUUACUUCUGUGAUAUUUUUCCACUCCUGGAGCUCUCCUCCUCCAACACUUAUAUCAAUGAAGUGGUGGUUUUGUGCUUCACUUCAUUUAAUAUUCUUGCACCAACCCUGGCCAUCCUUGGCUCCUAUGUUUCCAUCAUUGCCAGCAUCCUGAGAAUCAGUUCCACUGAAGGCAGGUCCAAAGCCUUCAGCACAUGCAGCUCCCACAUCUUGGCUGUUACACUCUUCUAUGGUUCUAUAGCAUUCAUGUACCUACAGCCAUCAAAUGUCAGCUCCAUGGACCAAAGCAAAGUGUCUUCUCUGUUUUACACCACUAUUGUGCCGAUGCUAAACCCCCUGAUAUACAGCCUGAGGAAUAAGGAUGUCAAAGAUGCUCUAAAUAAAAUCAUUAAGAAAAGACAAUUUUGCAUUAGCAAAGACUUAUAA